AUGUCUCAGUGUGUGUGGGAAUUAAUAAGUAUCGAGAAAUCUUUUGCAAAAGAAAGAGAUAACUAUGAAAUACAUCCAGUGAAUAACUUUUCUAAAAAUUAUGAAUUCCAUAAUUUAGAUAAUAUAGAAAUAAGGACUGAUAAAGUUGAUUACGAUUAUGCAGAAGACCUUUCAAAGUAUUCAAAAAUAAAAAAUGAGAAAAAUAAAUUGAAGUUUGAAAAAAUUAUGCACAAAUUUUUUAUUUCAGAUAUAUCGAAAUAUGUAAAUGCGUACGUGAAAAAAAGUGAUAGCAACAUCCUCAGUGAAAUAGGAAUAACAUCAAGUAAGAAAAUAAAAUUACAAGAAGAGAGAUAUUGGGUCAAUAGUUAUAUUUAUAAUUUUAUAAGUCAUUGCUUAAAUACCUAUUAUGACUGCAAGCAUUAUAUAGUUAUAAGUCGCAGCAAAAACUUAAUUCAAAAAUUGACAGGAACAGGAUAUGGAUACUACGGUAUAUAUUUUACAAACGGUAAAAAAAUUGGUGGGUUAGGAAACUUGUUUAUAAAUAUAAAGCAAGUAAGACAUAUAAGUUAUAGCAUUAUGAAAACGUUACAAACAAAGACAGCUUCAGACAGAUCGGUAUCAAAUAAUGAUGAAACAUGUAGUUUCAUUUUUAUGCUGUAA